CGCUAGAGGUGAACACGAAUCCUGUAUGUGGGACGGACUACUCGGUCUGAACUCUUUUUUCUCUCCCCCACACAGAUGUCUAGGCUUCUAGCGCCGGAGCUCCAGCGAGUUUAAACAGCAAACACCGACUCCUCACUCAUGCGACUCGGAUCUCUGUGUCGGGGCCGACUCGCGCUUUUGUCCGCUGUUUUCGGAGCACUUAACUACACAAACUUGAAGGAGCAAUCUGUAAGUUGGGGUUUUUCUUUUUCCUGUUUUCCCCACUGUGGGUAAAAAAAGGAGUUAAAUAAAAGGCUCAGAAGUUUACGCGGUGAAUCAAAAAAAAAGGAACAAGCGUGAUGUGAACCAUUAUACUUACAAAGGACUGCGACCUUUUUGACUGUUUAGACAAAUCCGACGGACACAAGGUGCAGUUUCAGUUUAUAAUUUCCGUUACUUAUUAUUUAUUUAUUUAUAUUUAUUUUAGUAUUAUGAAUGGUACACGCACUGUCAUGGAGCUCAUCAACAGCCCGAGACCUGAGUGGUGAAGAAACAGCAUCAAUAAGAUCGCAGCUAUGAAGGUCUUCACGCUGUGCGCCGGAGCGGCCUUCGCACUCCUGUGGAGCUUUCUCGGCUUCUUUCAGAGUGUCCAGUGCACUUUAGGGGAAGACCAUGUCCACUCGAGCUUCAUUUACAGACGCCUGAGAAACCACGAGCGCAGAGAAAUCCAAAGGGAGAUUCUCUCCAUCCUGGGUUUGCCCCAUCGGCCGAAACCCUUCUCUCCGGCAAAGCAGGCAUCUUCGGCACCUCUCUUCAUGCUCGAUCUGUACAACGCCAUGGCGACCGAGGAAGCGGAGGAGGACGCACUACUCGAGAGCACAGGCAAAGCGAUCAGUAUAAACUCUCUGGGAAAUUCGCGCAAAAGCCAGCACAGCGCUCCGUAUGGAUAUUCUCGUGCGCCCGUGGCCUGGACAAGUCAGAGUCCACCUUUGGCUACUUCACACGACGCAAACUUUCUGAACGAUGCCGACAUGGUCAUGAGCUUUGUGAAUCUGGUGGAGAGAGACAGGGAUUUUUCCCACCAGAGGAGACACUAUAAAGAGUUCCGUUUUGACCUGACUCAAAUUCCGGAAGGGGAGGCCGUAACAGCAGCAGAGUUUCGCAUCUAUAAAGAUCACAGCCAUGGGAGAUAUGAAAACGUCACACUAAAGGUCUCCAUAUACCAGGUGACCAGGGAAUAUCAAAAUAGGGAUGCAGAGACAUUUCUGCUCGAUUCGAAGAAAAUUCGUGCCUCAGAUGGAGGAUGGCUGGUGUUUGACAUCACAGCCACCAGUAACCAUUGGUUGCUUAACCCGCAGCAAAACAUGGGCCUUCAGCUCUGUGUAGAGACCAUGGACGGUCGAAGCAUCAACAUGAAAUCCGCUGGGAUCAUUGGCAGGAGUGGGCCGCAAUCCAAGCAGCCUUUUCUUGUGGCAUUUUUCAAAGCCAGUGAAGUGUUGCUACGCUCUGUCAGGGCCACAGGGGGAAAGAGGAAGAAUCCUAGCAGAAACAAAGGCAGGAAUCAACCGAAAACCUCACAGGUCAAAAGGAUUGAAGAGCAAAACAUCAGCGAACAGAAGCAAGCCUGCAAGAAGCAUGAGCUUUAUGUCAGCUUCCGUGAAUUAGGAUGGCAGGACUGGAUAAUUGCACCUGAGGGCUAUGCAGCGUUUUAUUGCGACGGAGAAUGCUCAUUCCCACUCAAUGCACAUAUGAAUGCAACAAAUCAUGCAAUUGUGCAAACUCUGGUCCAUCUCAUGUUUCCUGAGAAUGUGCCAAAGCCUUGCUGUGCACCGACCAAACUGAACGCAAUCUCUGUGCUAUACUUCGAUGACAGCUCAAAUGUAAUUCUGAAAAAAUAUCGCAAUAUGGUAGUCAGGUCUUGUGGGUGCCACUGAACUCUGUGUAUGUUUGGGUGUGAUUGGAGACUCUAGAGUAAGCAUUUUUUUUUUUUUGUAAAAACCUGCCACCUAUAAUAUUGCUGGAAUAAAACACAUACCAAAUAGAUAGUUUUGAGAUUUACAGUGAUGUACAGUGUUAUGUAUAUAUUAGCUCAUGAAUGUGCUUAUUUAUUUGGCUUUAUUUUGAAAUAACAGAAGAUACGUUGAACAUUUACCACUUGCAGAUAGUAAAUGCUCUUUCCUGAAUACCUAUCUGAGGCCAGUCAAUUAAGCAGCAGCUAUUAUUGCCCCUUUUGAUCAUGAACAAUAUUUCUGGCGAUUUUAAAUGCUGAUGUUUUGAUUCCCUGCAGAAUUUACAUUAGUAAUUUGAAUAAUAUAUAUAUUGCAUUUAUUGUAUUAGGACAAUGUUAAUGUGUUAUUAAAUAUGUUUCCAAAA